AUGAAACAGCAGGGAGCAGAUUUCCAGAGAUCUGGGAAAGCACCUGAAAAACAGAAACGCCAUACCAAGAACGGUGAGGCUCUGGAGCCCGUACAGGCAGCCUUUGCCUCAACACCGUGCAAGUUUCAAGAGCUGCCACCCCUGAUUGUGCAAACAGGCAUCAUAUCAGGCCUCGAAGGUGACAAGAAGCAGCCCAAGAAGCAAGCUGAGGAGCUGGACAAGGAAGAUAAGUCAUUCAGUCAGAAACAGAAGGAGGAGCAGAAGAAACAUGAGGCGCUAAAAGCAAAGGCCAUAGAAAAAAGCCACCUGGCUACAGGUGGAAUUAGGAAAUCUGGCAAAAAGUAA